UCAAAAAAAAUGUCUGCCUCCUCCUCUACAUUGGUGCCUCCGCUGAUGAUGAGAGAGGAAGAAGAGCCGAGAGACUGGACGGAGCUUCCGUCGGACUUGACCUCUUUGAUCCUGCUCCGAGUUGGUGCAGUUGAGAUACUUGAAAACGCUCAGAAGGUGUGCAAACCGUGGCGACGCAUCUGUGAGAACCCUUCCAUGUGGCAAAAAAUCAACAUGCGAGACCUGGGAAACCGAAGAUUGAAGGAUUUGGACUUCGAUAUCUUGUGUCGUCACGCUGUUGAUCUCAGCCAAGGCGGCUUGCUCGAGAUCAACCUUGACUUCUUCUCGUCCGAUUCUCUCCUUGCUUACAUCGCCGAUAGAUCAAUGACUCAACCACUGGUUACUCAAAUGAUACCAGUUUCGUCAAUUUUGAUUCAGAUUAUGGCUUGUGAAAUAUAUGGUGGUGAUGACAUAUUGAGGUUGACACUAAUUUUAAGGUGCCAGUAACUAUAUUCGGACUACCUACUGAAUCUUUAUGAAAAAUGCAGAAAAGAUGUUGUAUAUGCUGGUCUUGCCGCCAAUGCCAACUUAUGAAUUUUUUCAUGUUUCCUUUUUUUCUCUGCGUUCAUAUAGAUGCGGUUGUCCUUAUUUUUAACUUGAGCGUGUCUUGACUUCAGUGUCCGUUUUG